UGAGGUAGUUUGUCGUGUUAUUAAAGUAUGAGUAGAUCUAGCCCAUUAUCACUUUCAAUCUCAGUCCCAUGGCAGAACUUCUUCGGUUACCUUGUCAUUUAAUCCGGCAUUCCUCUCCUCUGCUACACUCCACAUGCUCUUUCCAACUCUGCCUCCGAUCAAAACGAUACUCCUCAGAUUCUGUAGCUGCUCCCGUCCCUCUCUUCUUCAGCCACACGAAGAGACUGCUUUCUUCUAAGGUACAUGCAACGAUUGCUGAAACUGAUCAGCCUAAAUGGUGGGAAAAGAACGCAGGCCCAAAUAUGAUUGAUAUUCAUUCGACAGAAGAAUUUUUAAGAGCUUUAGGUGAAGCUGGAGAAAAAUUGGUUAUUGUCGAAUUUUAUGGGACUUGGUGUGCCUCUUGCCGGGCAUUGUUUCCCAAGCUCUGCAAGACUGCUGGAGAGCAUCCUGAAAUUUUAUUCCUGAAAGUGAAUUUUGAUGAGAACAAGCCUAUGUGUAAAAGCUUGAAUGUGAAGGUGCUUCCUUAUUUUCACUUCUAUCGUGGAGCAGAUGGGAAGUUGGAAUCAUUUUCGUGUUCACUUGCAAAGACUAUCAAAACAAUCUGCAGUUUCAGAAAAUAAAGGAUGCCAUCGCAACACAUAACACGGAUCGGUGUAGUAUUGGUCCACCCGAAGGCAUUGGAGAUCUUAACCUUCCUGAAACUUUCACAGCUGCAAAGGAGAAGACUGUAGAUUCAAGUUCAAGAUAAUUCUUGUUUGUUUUUUGAACCUUGUGCUCUAAUGCUGGUGAUUCAUGGGCAAGUUCAUAGUGGAGAAUUUUUCGCUCCUAAAUUGUAUAUGCUUAUUAUUCUGGGUAGUUCUUUCCAGCUUGCAAUGUACUAUAUUAAAUUCUUGGCUGAAAGAGAAAUUCUAUGGUCUGAAUAUUCAUUCAAUUUACUCUUUUUGUUCUA